UGAGGUGUCGGCCAUAUUGUGUAUCACGUGAUCGCAUGUCCAGCAAUACAAUGGCAUUCACUGACGACAACGCUAUCAACAGUUAAACACACAAUCAGUUCGUAAUUAUAAACACAAUUAAAGAGUUGUGUUAUGUUUUGCUGACCACUGACUGCACGCCAAACACCGCAAUCAUCUGCUGAAGACAUCACAUCACCGGAUCUGAUCCCAACAGAGAUGUCUGUUCACUACAAGUUCAAGAGCUCGCGGGACAAACACACCGUCAUCUUCGACGGCCUCCACAUCUCGGUGUCGGACCUGAAGAAGGCUAUUAUGGCACAGAGAAAGAUCGGCAAAUCAGCUGAUCUCGACCUCCAGAUCACGAACCCUCAGACCGGCGAAGUGUACGACUCGGACGCGGCGCUCAUCCCGAAGAAUACGUCCGUAGAGGUGGCCAGAGUUCCCGUGAGUGGCAACCAUAAGAAGUCGUGGUACGCGGAUCGACUCGACGCUAACUCAUCAAAAGGCGUACGAAAUGCCAACAGUCCGUCGCAUAAAGAAGUGUUGAAUAUAACAAAAUCGUCAAACAUAUCGACGUCUUAUGGGACGGAAGAGGAGGGGAUAACGGCAGCGAUAACACAAAGCACUCAGGAUUACGAUGUGUCCAAAUUUACUGAUGUGAAGCGAAGUACUGGUAUUCCGAGGAGUUUUAUGAUUCCGGCCAACGCUGACCAAAAGGGUGCUCUUCUGACAGCCAGUGGUGAUUAUGCCGUUCCUAUUAUCGAUCAUCAAGCGUAUGCAGUGGUGAAGAAAGAGAAGCCGCCGUUUAUGCCGAACAGCGACGAGUCGGACGGCCCGGAGUCGGGACAGGAGAUACCCGAAGACCUGAAGUGUACGGUGUGUCAGGACGUGCUUCUGGACGCAGUGCUCACCCCCUGCUGUGGAAACAGUUAUUGUGAUGAAUGUGUGCGGAGCGCUCUGUUGGAGAGCGAUAGCCACGAGUGUCCCACUUGUCACGAGCAGAACGUAUCGCCCGAUCAACUCAUACCCAACAGGUAUUUGCGGUCAGCGGUCACUAAAUUCCGGAGCGACACCGGCUAUCACAAGGACCACAAGUACGUGCCCUUCUCUGUCAAUGGGGUGGCGCCUAAAGGUCAGUCUCUAUCGGCGGCCGCGACUGUGGCCGUAACGCCAUCCACAGCGGCCACUGGCGUUGAUAGCAAACCCGACGUCAAGCCCAUCAUUGAUACUAAAGUGGACGACACACUCGACGCCAGACUGACACCUGACGUGACCGACACGACUACGACAGAGGCUGAGGACAAAACCGCGGUAAACGAUAUAAAAGCCGAGCCGUUUUCCUCUUCGCCACAGCCCUUGUCUUCUCCCAAACCUUCAGAGAGCGAGACUGCGGUCGAGAACUCGGCCGCCGACGUAUCGAUGGAUGAGGUAAUCCUCGGUUCGCCUAAAGUAGGCUAUGAUUUGGGUUUAGACGCCACGAGUCCUGACAUUCAUUCAUCCAAUUUGGGAACAAACGAAACGACAAAUUCAUUGCCACAGACCGACAAAAUUACGGCUGAAGACGGAACUGAUUCACAGCCGGGAUCGACGACCACCGGACCCAACACGCCGUUAGUGGACGAACCGUCUGACAUAUACGACGCCGCGGUCACCAAUGACCAGACCACUGUCCAGACGUCAUCGUCGUCUGACGUCAAUCCUGUCGUAUCAUUAGCUCAAUAUUCCAAUCAAACGGUUCCGAUGCAGGCAUACCCGCAGCGCCAUCGGAUGCCGGGGCCGCCGCCGCAACAGAUCCGCGCCAUUCGCACGACAAUCGGACCCCAGAAUCCCGCUAUGAUGGCCGCCGCCGGUCAACGUAACCCCACUUUACUACCUCCACCCCCGCGGGGCUCUUUCCCACCGCCGCCCCGACCCGGUAUGCCUCAGAACUUUCGCCCGAUGGCCGGUCAGCCCUAUCCCAUGGCUAUGAGUCACGCGAUGCCGCCGUACGGCUACCCGCCGCAGAUGAGACCCCCGACAUACGACCCCUACGGCUAUAUGGGUCCCCGAUCUCAGCACAUGAGUCAUAUGCACUCUAUGGCAAUGCACGGUAUGGCCGACGCCCCGCCACCCGGUUCUGCGCCAAUCACUGACCCCUACUAUAGCCAUACGGCCGCCAAUUACGACGACUACGAGGACCGACUCAACCGAUUCACCCGACAAUUGGAGUCCAAGUCCAGGAGUCGACCGAAACAGAGACGAAGCGCUUCCCGAUCUCGGAGUCGACAUCAUUCGCGCUCCAGAAGUCGUUCCUCAUCGUCGUCGACGUCUUCGUCGUCGUCCUCAACAUCCCGUUCAUCGCGUUUCACAAUGAGUUCCCGUAGUUUCAGCGGUACCUCUCGUUCCCGGAGCCGAUCCUAUUCGCCGCACCGCCGGAGGUCACGAUCGCGCGGCCGCUAUCGUCGCCGUUCGCGCUCUCCAUCGCCCGCUCGCUAUCGGGACUACAGAGAGAGCGGUCGCGAGCAGAGGUACCGCCGGUCGCGCUCUCCCUAUGGCGGCCGCAACCGUCGCGACGACGACCGCACUCACGGCCGGUACGCGAAGGACCGCACGAAAGACAACAACAAAGAGCGCGACAAUAAAGACACGAAACAUCGGGAGUUGAGAAGCGGUCGACACGAACGCAACGACACAUCCAAUCGUUCCUCUCAUCGAUCGGACGACAAGAAGUCGUCGAAAGACGCGUCCAAACAAUCGCAUAGUUCGCGGUGUCAUAAGAGUCGCACAACUGAUGACCAAAAGCGCUCCAAUCGUACCAAAGGUUCCGUCAAAGAAGAGCCUAAAGAUAAAAGAGUGCCAGAAAUAGAGGUGACCGCCGAUACCAUUGCCGCCGCCACUGAAGCGACGAACGCUUUAACCGAAACGAAAGUCGAAACCGAAUUAAUUGAUAAAAACAGCGAAAUAAUGGCCGAAAUAGAGGCAAUGGAUACUAAUGUUGUGAGUUAUGAAACCACCACUGAAUCCGAAGACAAAGUGCCCGAAUUGAUGGUAUCAUUGGAAGGGUAUAUAAGUGUACAAAAUGACAAAAUGGAGUCCAAUGAAGACAACAGAACUAAUUGUGAACUACAAGUGAUUGAAUCAAAUGCUGUGAAAGAAGAGUGCGAACCAAUUGAGAGGACAGACGAAGCAAUUAUGUUCACAGAAGCCGUGGACACACUCUAUGAUAACAACGAAUCCGAAUUAAUCACUAAAAACAGUGACUUCUUAUUCCUAACCGAACCGAUGGACACUUUUGAACCCGAGAUUGAGUCAAAGCCAGAGUUAGACGCAAAUGGGACACAACCGGACGGCGCGGACACGAAAUACAAGUCUAUGGACAACGACGACAAGAAUAAGUCGAGUGAUAGGAAGCGGUCCAAAGACAAGUCGAAGAAACAUCACAGACAUCACCACAAAUCCCAUUACGACUCGGAUUCGCGCCGUUCGGACGACCGGAACCGCAGCAGUCAUGCGAAGGAACGGAACAAAGACAAGGAUAGAGACAAAGACGGCAAAUAUCGGGAAUCGAGAAGCGGUCGACACGCGGAGCCAUCCAAUCGUUCGUCCCAUCGAUCGGACGAUAAGAAGUCGGCGGCGAAAGAGUCGUCAAAGCAAUCGCACAGCACUUCUCGAGUCAGUAGUAGUCAUAAGAGCGACGAUCAGAAGCGCAGCAAAACAUCGUCUAAAGACGAGUCCAACGAUAAGAGCGCAGAAUCGGCGGUCAAAUCGAUUGUUAAGAAAGAAGUGACGGACGCGACCGACACGACGGCCAUCAAAGCGGACACUAAGACAGUGAAUAACGAUAAGUCGAAAGCCAUUCCCAACGAUAAGCAAAGGGACGGUUCGGACAAAACUAAAGACAAACAGUCGACUGAAAACAAAGACGUGAAGAGCAGGUCUUCGUCGUCGAAGCGCUCAAAAGACAAGUCAAAGAAACACCACAAACACCAUAAGAGCUCAGACGACACCCGAGACAGCAAACGACGGGACGACGACUCGAAGAGUCGGUCCAAGAAGUCGUCGAAGAGGUCCCGAGAAGGCGGUGAGAUUACCGGAGGCGGUGUCGACACGAAGUUUAUUUGUCUGAUAGACGUCUAG